GGCGUGGCUAAGAACACAAAUAGGUUUUAUUAUUUUCUUUUAUACACAGUGUUCGCUGAAUAUGAAUUGAUAUCAAAAGUAAAUAUCAUGUUUGAGGUUAAAAAUGAUGUCGAGGAUCUAAAUCAUAUCUAAGGAAAGGAAAAUGUGAAUUUAUAUUAAACAAAUGGGAAAAAUGUGUAUGACUAGCAUGCUAGUACAACGUGAUUGGGAGCUAGCUUCCCGUUUAUUAUAGUCGGGAUGUACAGUAAUUAGCCGGGAAUGGUUGCCAAGGUUACGCGCAUCCGACCGGAAGGAGCGUGAUCCUGGAAUGAUCCAAGCUCAUCUUUGUGUUCAUCGAUUCCAGUGAGAAGCCUGAAUCACUGAUGCCGGAUGCUGAUCAUCUCCGGUUGUGCUCAGUCCUUGCGUGAGCACUAAGAUGAGUGGAACAGCGGAGCAGGCCGAUAUUCUGUCGGUGGGGAACAUGGUCCGGGACCGCUGGAGGGUGAUUAAGAAAAUUGGUGGCGGAGGCUUCGGAGAGAUCUACGAAGUCCUGGACCAGCUGAACCAGUGCAACGUGGCUCUCAAAGUGGAGUCAGCUCAGCAACCCAAACAGGUCUUAAAGAUGGAGGUGGCUGUUCUGAAGAGGCUCCAGGGUAAGGACCACGUGUGCCGCUUCGUCGGUUGCGGACGUAACGAUCGAUUCAACUAUGUUGUGAUGGAGCUUCAGGGAAGGAACUUGGCCGACCUUCGGCGCACUAUGAGCCACGGGACGUUCUCCGUGUCCACCACUCUCAGGCUUGGCAGGCAGAUUCUGGAGGCUAUCGAGAGCAUCCACUCGGUGGGCUUCCUGCACAGAGACAUCAAACCGUCCAACUUCGCCAUGGGCCGACUGAUGAGUACUUGCCGAACCUGCUACAUGCUCGACUUCGGUUUGCGUCAGUUUACAAACUCCUGUCAAGAAGUCCGUCCGCCUCGUCCAGUGGCCGGAUUUCGGGGAACUGUGCGCUACGCCUCAAUUAACGCUCACAAGAACAAGGAAAUGGGUCGGCACGACGACCUGUGGUCUCUCUUUUACAUGCUGGUGGAGUUUAUGGUGGGUCAGCUUCCCUGGAGGAAAGUCAAGGACAAAGAGCAAGUUGGGAACCUGAAGGAGACCUACGACCAUCGGCUUAUGCUCAAACACCUUCCUGCUGAGUUCAGCGUUUUUCUCGACCACAUCUCUGGUCUUGACUACUACACGAAACCCGACUAUCAGCUUCUGAUGUGCGUGUUGGAGAACAGCAUGAAGUUGUAUAACGUUAUGGAGAACGAUCCGUACGACUGGGAGAGGAGCGACUCCGAGGACUCGCUCACGGUCGCUGCUCUGGCAGCCACAGGCCAGCAGCUGACUCGCCUAACGCCGGCGUACCUGGGCAUGGCCAAUGCCUCUGCGAUCCCGGGUGAUCUUCAGCGUGAGAACACAGAGGAUGUCCUUCAGGGCGAGCGGCUCAGCGAAGCAGACAAUUGCCCGCCGAUCCCACCCCAGCACGCUCAGGGAGCCGACGUAUGGGAGGAAAUGGAACGAAGCCAAAACCGCAACCGCAACCCUGUGCAACCACAGAUAAGAAAGGUGGCCAGUGAAGAUGAGAGGAGUAAAGAGGGCAAUCAGAGCCCCAACAGCGGCUCUGCGCAGGGUUCUCCGAGGCGCGUGCACUCCGAGACCUUACUCAUCGACCGAGUCGCUCCACUGUUGAGGAGGAUGCGUCACAGCCACAGCAUGGGCCUGGACAAGAGACUGACUCCUGAACCCAAACCUACUAUUGAGCGCUUUUUAGAAGCCUACUUAGGAAAACAGCGACCUGUCCUACCUCAGGAGAGGACCGGGUGUCGCCCUGAACAGGGCUCUCUGGAGGAUGAAGAAGGAGCAGCCAGCAGCGGUUAUGUAGCAGUGAACCUCAGCCCAGUUCCACAAGAGGGCGACUCUCAGGAGUGGGUGCUGGUGGAACUGGAAGGAGGUAGCGGAUCGGCGUGCUCAAAGCCCGACGAGGAAGAGCGCUCCACCAGCCCCCUGGCUCUGCCUCGCACCUGGUCUGACCCCCUGCCCCAGCGAGUCAGCGGCCUCAGCGGCUCCGGGGAACUCCACACGACCCUCUGCCACACCGGCCCUCCGUUUACACGCCUUUCCGGACUGCAAGGUCUUGCAGGGCUUUCUGGGAUCACGGGGCUGAGGAGGCUGCCUGGUGUACCUCCAGCUUCACUGGUUCACAUAAACAGGAGUCAGCUAGAGCAGUUAUCCAGCACUUUACCGCAAUCCAUCCAUCUCCAGCAAAAAGGUGAAACCGAUCCAGUUCAGGAUUCUCCAACCCUCGCUGCCGAAGACGAACCCAACCAUCCUCUAGUGAAUUCACCUUCCAGAUCUUCCUCCCAGCCUCCUGCCUCGGUAAACGACCCUCUGAACUUCAUCAAACUGACCGAGAAAGACGUGGAGAGUGACUCUGGUUGUCCCGACGUUGGCCCUUCUACAACUCCGAACCAGGGCGAGACCACCGGAGACACCGUCGACGCAGGCCCCGCCUCCCUGGCCCCAGCAUCUCCGCGGGAACUGUCUCCGAGGGCCAGCCGCAUUCCCGUGCGUGACCCAGACUCCCCAACCAGGAGGAGUUUCGCCCCACUAUCACCCUCCCUCUCGUUAUCCUGCGAGCACUUCCCCUCAGCCCUGCUGCGUGACAAAUUCUCCUUCCCUUCUGAUCGAGGUUCUCGGGCAUCCGACUUCCAGGGAGAUGAUCUCCUCUCGCUCUCCUCGUCCUCCAGCCCAGUGUCCGGCAGGAGCAAGAUUCCGAGGCCUAUAAGCCCAACUAUAGCUCCAGACCAGUUCUCCACUCGCUUCAUUCCACGCCCACCUCCAGGAAAACCACCUCUCCGUCCAGGGGGCGAAAACAGGCGCAGACGUUACCGCAUCCGCGCCAGCAGCACUAGUGAUACAGAUCUCCUUGACAACCUCACCCAGCUGAUGCAAGAGCGAGGAGGCGUGGCCGUAUCCCGCUACCAACGAACCACUUCCUCCAUACAGCGCUCGUUAAGCUCCUCCCCCUCCCGAUUCGAGGGCUGUCACAGCCAUGCUCCUCUCAGCGUCCUCGGCUCGCCGCCGCCGCCGACUCGGAUGUGCGAGGUACGAGUUAAACGCGGGGCCGGGUAUUGUAGCGCUGGCAGAGCAGGAAGCCCCGAGAGCAAAACCACUACUAAGGUGAACAAAUAAAAAGAAAGUCAUUGUGUAAAAGACUUCCGAUGGAUCUCCCAAUGGAUUUUCGAAGGAAUCCUUUGGUUACGAGGAGCUUUUAAAAAUGACGAGGGCGGGGAAAAACAAUGACGAGAAGGAAAGUAAAAAAAAAAAAAAUUCAAGCCGACAGUGUUGGCUGCGAUUACUUGAAAGCAUUGUAUAUAACUCAUUUUAUUCAUACCUCAGACAUUCCAUUAUCGCACUACAUUUCUCCUCAAGCGUCCUCGCUUUUCACAUUUAUUUAUAGCGUCCACCGCUCGCGUAGCCUCCUGUGGAAACGACCGGGGAUCGUUAUUUAAGUCCCCGAGACAGUCUUCCUCACUUGGCGUUUUGUUAAUCAAAAUAAGGGUAACUAGGGUACACAAGGGUAACACAAUUGUUUUUAAAAAUGGCAGUUUUAUUAAAUUAGGCACCAUUUUAAGGGCAAAAAACAAAAUUUUGUCAGUGAUUUGAGUUCAAUUAUUGGACACAACAUUACUGUUUCUAGCAUAAGGAAAGACUGCAGAUGAACACUGUAUAAUAGCAGGUCUAUAGGGAACUCGUGACAAUAUUUUGAGACUCAUAUAUGCAUAUAAAAAAACUGUUAAAGCACCAGAAAGGGUAGAAUAACUGUUUAUACAACACAGCUGGAGGAAAAGCGCUAUCUGCCCUCUUCCACAUACAUGAGCUCACGAGGCGUCUCCCAAUGCAAACUUCUGACGAUCUUUCCCUUUUAACAACUCGUAUUUAUCCCAGCGAAACAGUUCAGGGUUACGAUCAUGGUGGAUUCAAACUCCUAACCUCAUUCUAACAUCGCUACCAUUGCGCUAUUAUUUCCCUAAUAACCACUAUUUUAUUAUCUAUUGUUACUUUGCCACAGCAGCACAUACGCCCAUGAGGCGCUUUUUAUCAGCUAGAUUAAAAAAAAUUGGAAUUAUAACUGGAAAACCAUAACUACGGUAAAGCCAAAACGUGCGUACGUCUUUACAGGAGCGUAUUCUACAGCGCACGUAUUAUGUGCCAAUAGAUUUUUAUUCGACGUGUAUUCGAAAUUACGUUUUUUUUUUUUUUUUUUAUUCAAUCCGAACAUAUGGAACCCAACAGAUGUGUUACACGUGUUCUACAUGGAUUCUACAUUUUUUCUUUUUUUGGGCUUAACCUCAAUUUUAGCGUCUGUUGAUUUCAUGCUGUAAAUAUUUAAAUAGAUAUGCAAAAUAAAAAAAAACCGUAUGUAUAUUCAACUAUAUUACAAGCAAGCAUGUGUAUAUAUGUAUUUCAGGGAAUGUACGUACUGUAAACUACGUUAUCUAUCCACAUAGAAUGUAUUUAUUUAUUUAUUAGACGCCGUUAAAAUCAGAGCGAUAUUCCGGUUUUUAUCAUUCCAACCAAACGGGCGCAUUUUUAUUACCGCUUCGAUGGCGUCUUGUGUCGUUUUCUUUUGUACCGAAGGCGAACGAACGCAGACGAGGUGCAUGUCGGAUGGAUAGAAUUGUUAAGAACAUCAAAUCAGGAUAAUGUGUGGAAAUUAGUUUUUUUUAAACUAACAAAAACGUACCGAACUUGUUAACAUUAGCGUGACGCGUUCAUCCCGCCGUAGCUGCGUGUACUGUGGAGUUAGGAUAGUGCUUAUGUUCAUAACCUCUGAAGGUACUUCACAUCUAUCAGUAGAACCUGGCGACAGAAACACGGCCUACUACUAAGCAAUGUACAGAAUCAGACAUGUAUAUAGAUAUAAAUACAUUAUAACGACGGGGGAAAAAAAGCUUCAUGCAUUUUGCUAACAAACAUCAUUCAGUUACCCAGAAAAUUCACUCCGUUUGGAAUGUACAUGUAUUCAACAAUAAAUACUGACGUGCAAAGA